GAGCGCGCCAUGGCAAACAAGAGCGUGGCGACGAGCUACGAGGGCCUCACGUGCUACCAUCUGCUUGAGACUGUCGUCCGACUCGACGAUGGGUCCGACAUCUUCCAGCCAACGCUCGUCGAGACCGAGCUCUUCCGCCUUCUUCGCGCGCUGGGGGUCAUCGACGCGAACGCCACGAUGACGCAAGAGCGCCAACUCGGACUCUUUAUCAACACGUGUUGCACCCAGAAGACGAGUACCAAGGGCGUCGAUGUCCUUGCGUGCUUUGGCAAGCAAGCAGCGGUUGCAGCGGAUCUUCGCGCCCAAGGCUGGUGGCCGUCGAACCUCGAGGAGUACUUGCAGCCGGCCCACGAAGGCGUAUACGCGAUUUUGGUGCCCGAGACGAGCGACCGGCCCAAGCUCGUCCUCUUUACGUGGCUUCUCGACGCGUCGUUCACUCCGCAGCACCUGCGGGAGCAGGCGACGUAUGCCCUCCGCUUCAUAACGACGCUGACGCCGACCGUGCGCUGGUGUCUCGAGGAAGCCGACUGGCCUGCCCUCGAGACGGCAGAUGUCGAGACGCGCAAGGAGACGAAGCGCAAGCAGCACGCCGUCAGGUUUUCCAUCAACAAGGCAACUGUCGUGGAGGAAAACGUUUCGUGCGAGCUCGUGUCGGUAGCAGCAACGGCGAAGGACGUGACGCUCGCUUGCGCAACGGGCGCCACCGCCGUGACUAUGCGCACGUCCGAGGACCGCGACGUUCGCAAAGAAACCACGUUCAGCAAGGUCUCGUUGCCCACCGAGUUUGCCAAGUGGUUUAUGACUGUCACAUCCACGUACCGCUUUGAGCUCAAGGCGCAGCUGCCGUACGACUGGAAGUAUGCGGUGCUUGCACAGAUGCGCGCUCUGCCCGCGGCGCUCUCGUGCCUCACGAUCGAAUCCCUCAAGGCCGAUUUGCAUACCGAGGCUGAGACGAAAGCGCGCGCGCAGCUGGAAGACAUGGAGGCGUGCGUUGUAGCAGCGGCAACCACCCUCUUUUACUUGAACGAGGCAACGACAGAAGCCGACGAGGUCGACGCACAAACCCUCCUGAAGAACAGGUGGGAGGCGCUGGAGUACAGCCUUGGCGACAUGAUCGCGCUGCCCGAGUCAUUGGCGGCAAGCGUCGCGAUGGUCAUCCAGCACGCGUACGAAGACUUGUGCAAGCGCGACGGAGACCUUGCCAAGAAGACGACCAAGACGGCGUAUUUUCCUUGGUCGAAAACGGGCCACCUCACGUUCCCGUACCUCAAGGCCAAGUACAAGCCCGCCAUGGACGUAAUUCUGCCACGCAUUCGAGGCGACCUGGAAUCGCGCUAUGACGACUGGUGCCACAGCUUCCGCGCGUUCCUUUGGAGCGAGAGCGUCGCCGACCCCGUCACCAUUCAGUGCUACAAUGCCCUUGCGAGCAAAAAAGACCUGCAAGCUAUCUUGCGCGCAAAGCAAGAAGAGCUAGUGCACAACGCAUUUCUUGAGGCGGUCGCGGCCACCAACGAAAAGAAAGUACCGACGGCCCUCGUCACGACGCUCGAAUCGACGAGCACGGGCUACUUUGGCACCAUCAGCACCCUCAAGUACACCCAGGAGCGCGUUGUCGGUACCGCGAUGUCGCUCGAGCUCACACCGAUCGGCAGUGCACCGCUUGCGUCGAUCAAGCUGCCGCAUGACGCCAAUGUGAUUUACGUCGUGCUGGUCACGCGUGUGGUGAUCGUCGUCUUUACGUCUGGAGACAAAACGCACGUCCACGCAUACCGAUUGAACGGGGCGCUCUCGGCGAAAGCGCUCAUCACAAAAGAGUUCUCGCGACUCGCGCAGCGCUGCGACUUUGACGUGUCCCAUCGUCUGCUCGCGCUUCAGCACUCGGAGUCGACGGUGGUCAUGUACGCCUUUAGCGAGUCGUUCAAGCUCUUGGAACCAGCCCACCACUAUGACUUGAGCCGCUUGCGCCCGUCGAAGCCGUACGCAUCGAUGUCGCUCUUUGGUGGUGCCAACCACGGCAUUCUGUGCGUGGGCGACGACGGCAGUGCGCAGUCCUACUUUUUGCGCACACAACAGCACUCCAAGUACGCACCGCGCUUCAUUGCGACACCCGACACGAAGCUCGUCAUGCUCCACAACGGCGCGUUCUUGGUGCGGCUCGUGCCACUCGACGGCCAGGGUCUUCGCCUCGAGACGCUUGAGGUGCAGAGCCACGACCCGCUGCCCAACGCCGAGAUGACGCUGCCCGUGGCGUUAAAUUGGAGUACCACCAAAGCCCGCGCGUACGGCGAUGUGGUCGUUUUGUUGGACUCGACGACCGACACGAUGGUCACGCUCAAGGUCACCAUCGUGACGGGCAAGGUCGAUUGGCAGCUCAACUGUGAGCAAAAGGCAGAGCCCGCGUCCGCCAGCGACACCCACAUGCUCUCGGCGCUCUACCACGUCUUUGAGAAAUUUCCUGUCCGCCCGAUGCUCGCCGAGAUGGACAAAAGCACGGACCUCUUGCCGACGACGCUUCAAGUGCACGUGCAGUCGUUGACGCCCGACCGCCGCAAGAUCGUCAUCAAUUUGCUCGAGGCCAUCAUGAAAAAGCUGGCAAAGCUCGAGAAGAACCCUGAGAAGAACAUUUCGUCACUCGCGCUCGCCGACACUGCGGUGUUUGAUGGCGACGCCGCGUGGCCGACGAUGGACCUCGGGCACUGGCUUUUCGCGCUCAUUGGAUUUGUGCCGGUGCCGAUUUGUCUCGCGCGCGACAACGAGCUCGUGCUCCUGCGCCACGGCAACCCCGUCAACUAUGACGCGUGUGGUGAAGUGCACGACGUGGCCCAGCAAAUUAGCCUCGGCGCCGUGAGCCACAUUCUCAAGGCAUCGACACUUCCGGUCGUCGUCGUUACGUCCAUGGGGAAGCAGUCGACGGGCAAGUCGUACUUUCUCAAUCAUCUCACGGGCAGCUCGUUUGCGAGCGCGGGCGGACGCUGCACGAACGGCGUCUGGCUCACGCUCUGUCGAUCGAGCGCCGGUCUCGUUGUCGUACUGGACUUUGAAGGUCUCGGGUCCAUGGAGCGCAGUGCUCAGGAAGACACGCUUCUCUCGAUCCUCAACGCAGCCAUCGCGCAUCUCACAGUCUUUCGCAUCGAGAUGCGCUUUGACAAGGACAUUGAUGCCAUGUUUGACAAGUUCCAGCACGGCGUCGCGAUGCUCAAGGGCGACGACCGCCUCUUCCGAGGCCAGCUGUACCUCAACGCCAAGGAUGUGAACGAGGACGACGAGAAAGAUGUGAUCGCCGAGUUCCAACGCAAACUCCAGAGUCUCCUGCAAGACAACACAGCCGAGAACUUUGUCACUGUUAUGUACGGCGGUGCAGUCCUCGUCACGGCCUCUGCACCGACCAACAAACGGGGCUACUACGAGGGGCUUGCCGACGCCGCCUUGUCCUUGGCCGAGGCGUGGGACGACAAGGCGUACACAAACGGCGCCGACUGCCACGAAGUCCUUGCGAUUGUACUCGCUAAGGUGGCGCGGCGCGACUGGCGGUCCAUGGACGAGAACGUCCAGGCUGUGAAAAAAGCACGGGGUUGCCAACAAGUCCGCCACGCUCUGCGAUACGGCCAGCUCGAUGAAGACAACAACGUGACGUCGCUGGGACCUGACGACGAUGCUGCCAUGGCGAGUCAGCGGCAAUUGAUGGGGAUGACCGAGCUCGAGACGGCGGCGGUGCCCCUUGAUGCCACCAUUGUGCUGAAUGUGGAUUUUGACGGCCCGAUCGCCGCGUCGGCCAACUUGGAGACGGCCAAGACGACGCUGUCGACACACCUGCAGCAGUACAUGACCCACAUCGGUGCACCACGCCGGGUUGCGCACGAAGCGCGGUUCGACGUGCUCUGGAAGUAUGUGGUGUGGCGCCGCAUUCACCGUGUCCGCGCUUGGCUCAAGUCGAUGAAGGAUACCCACCGCGAUGUGAUUGACGAGCUGGACGCGUGCGCCUCCAAGAUGAACCAGCUUCUCCGCCGCUGUGAUCACGCGUGCAAGGAGUGCAAACUCACGUGCUGCGUGUCCUUCUUGCACGAGGGCGAGCACGACUGCGGUGGCUGCCAUCGCUGCGAGGGCUUCUGUGCCCACUGCGAGUGUGACAGCGCGCUGGCCUGCGGUGAGGUGGCCGGCCACACGGGCGCCUGCAACUGCAAACAGAAGAACCACACGUGCCAAGAGGUGUGCAAGCACGCCGAGGCACGCAACUGCGAUGGGGUCUGCCAUCGGUCUGUCGAGCACGACGGAGCACAUGUCUGCAGCGUCGAGCUGCACUUUUGCCCCUCCCAGUGCUCGGCGCCGAGCUGCUCGCACCUCUGCCGGCUUUCGUUCGUCGAGUCGCACGAGCAGCACUCGUGCGGCACGAGCCGGUGCCAGCAUCGCUGCAGCUACGACGGCUGCGGCAACACGUGUGCUUCGGUCGACCACUUUCACGAAGUCGCACUCCACUCGUGCGGACAAGACCAUUGGUGUCGCGCCAUUUGCAAUGAAGAGGGCAUGUGCGAGGUCAAGGUCCAGCUCGAGAAGACGAUCAAGAAGUUCAAAAACAAGUUGAACGAGUUCGAGUACACGCACCAAGCCAUGAACGGGUCGCGCAAAACGUGCUGCAUCCGCUUGGACGCCGAUCGCCUCGAGCACGACGGUGACCAUCGCUGCGACGCGGCCGUGCACACGUGCGCCGCGCGCUGCCCGUGCUGUGGCUACUACUGCGAGAAGGAGUACGGCCACAGCGGCAAGCACAAGACGUCGCACGGCAACAUGCAAGAAACGACAUUCGUCUCCAACUUGGCGAAAGUCGACGUCGACGGGCGAUGGUACACGGCGGGAGACGCCGGUGUCGCCGAAAUGUGCUCGUUCUUCUGCACGAAGAUGGGUCGUGGUCACGUGCACUACAUGCCGUGCGAGCACGAGUCGGCUGCUGCCUGCACACAAGCAGCUAGCGGCGGGCGCCGCCACUGCGCCGCGACGCUCCAGUGGGAUCCCAACCAACCCAUGGACGAAGUGCUCCAUGCAACGUACUGGGAGAUUGCUGGAUGGGAAGACCCGGUCAUGAGCGCCCUCGAGCGCAAACAGUUCGGUUUAUGCCCGUACAUGUGCGAAGCACCGAGCCACAAGGACGACAAGAAUCCAUCACCGUCGUACUGCACCUUGGACGCGUGGCAUGCCCCUGUCACCGACGUCGGCACGCUCUUGAGUGGCCAGUCGCUCGUGCAAGGCCACGUGUUUGACUGCCAGCACUUUGCGACGAGUGGUCUCCACCACCACAUCUUUGUGCUCGAUGCGUCCGGGUCCAUGAAAGGAGCCGACUGGGACGCCCUCAUGGUGGCCUUCCACGCGUACGUGGCGCAGCUUUCUGCAACACGCAGCUGCGCCGACAUCAUCUCGGUGAUCACGUUCAGCUGCGAAGGCACUAUUGUCUACGAAGGCAAGCCGUUGGCGCAAACGACGACGAUCCCGAUUCCGUUCCAAGGGUACACGACUAGCUACGACGAAGGCUUGCGCUGUGCUCUCGAAGUGCUCUCGCGCAACGACCACACACUCUACACACCUGUCAUGCUCUUCUUCUCGGACGGGCACCCGAAUGAAAAUGCGAACGGCGUGGCCUUGGCGCAGCGUAUUGCGAGCGAGUUUGCCAAGUACCGACUCCAAAGCUCGUGCGUCGGGUUUGGCCACAGCAACUUUACCGCGCUCCGGACGCUUGCCACUCACCUCCAGGGCUCGUACACGACUGCGGUAUCCGACACGGACCUCCUCACAACGUUUAAGGACAUCUCGGUUGCCGUGCACUUGAAGACGGGUCUCAUCGCCAAGACACCGAGAGCGCUCGUGCCAUUGGCACCGUGAGCCUCGUAUCUAUUUGGCUUCAGCAGCACCCGCGCUUGCAUCCAUUUCUACAUUUCUACAACGCAUUAUGUACUAAUAUGAAUUCUUGAU